AUGGAUUCUGAUUCAAACCCAGUUCAAGAAAUCCCCAAUACAAUCAAGAACCCGUCUAAAGAACCAAAAUUUACAGCUUCAGAGAUCAAAUUAAAAGCAAGAAAACCUGAUCUCUCUGCGCAAUUGGGCACCAAAAUCUUCGUGCCGCACAGACACCUGAAAGAACAAAAGAAAAAAGAGACAAAAGCUCGAAACGGCGGCGACUCGUUGUCGACAACGCCAACGCAGGUCUCCAAAAAACCACGCGUCACCUUUUCCCUAACAGAACACGAAAUCCACCAUGAAUUCUCUCACCACAACCCUAAUGUAGCCCGAAUUAACAACGGUAGCUUCGGUAGCUGCCCCGGAUCUGUACUUGCUGCUCAAAAGAACUGGAAGCUUCAGUUCCUUCAACAACCUGACGACUUCUACUUCAACACUCUCCGUAAAGGAAUUCUCCACUCACGUACUGUCAUCAAAGACCUCAUCAAUGCUGACGACGUCGACGAGAUCUCCCUUGUCGAUAACGCCACCACUGCCGCCGCCAUCGUCCUUCAACAAAUUGGCCGUGCCUUCGCUGAAGGUAAAUUUGCUAAAAACGAUACCGUUUUAAUGCUUCACUGUGCUUACCAAGCUGUUAAAAAAUCGAUUCAAGCUUACGUCACGCGUGCUGGGGGUUCUGUUAUCGAGAUUCAGUUACCGUUUCCGGUUACUUCGAACGAGGAGAUAAUUUCGGAGUUUAAGAGAGGAAUAGAGAAAGGCAAAGCUAACGGUAAAAAAAUUAGGUUAGCGAUAAUUGAUCAUAUAACGUCGAUGCCGUGUGUUGUUAUUCCGGUAAAAGAGUUGGUUAAAAUUUGCAGAGAAGAAGGUGUGGAUCAGGUUUUUGUUGAUGGAGCUCAUGCUAUUGGUAGUGUUGAAAUAAAUGUUAAAGAAAUCGGGGCUGAUUUUUAUGUCAGUAAUUUGCAUAAGUGGUUCUUUUGCCCCCCAUCGGUUGCUUUUCUGUAUUGUAAGAAAGCAGCGAGUUCGGAAUUUGAUGUACACCAUCCGGUUGUUUCACAUGAGUAUGGAAAUGGAUUGCCGAUAGAGAGCGCGUGGAUUGGGACUAGGGAUUAUAGCUCACAAUUAGUGGUGCCGGCAGCUUUGGAGUUUGUUAAUCGAUUUGAGGAUGGGAUUCAGGGGAUAAUGAAGAGGAACCAUGAGGAGGUUGUUAAGAUGGGGAAAAUGCUGGCCGAAUCAUGGGGGACAAAUCUUGGUUCUUCACCGGAGAUGUGUGCGGGAAUGAUCAUGGUUGGUCUGCCUUCGAGAUUGCGUGUUUCAAGUGAAGAUGAUGCUUUGAGGUUAAGAUCGCAUUUGCGUGAGUGUCAUGGGGUUGAGGUUCCGAUACAUUAUCAUGGUUUAAAAGAUGGUGAGGAGGGAGUGAAAGAUAAGGAUGGGGUUAUAACAGCGUAUGCUAGGAUUUCUCAUCAGGUUUAUAAUAAGUCUGAGGAUUAUUGCAAGCUUAGGGAUGCUGUAAAUCGUCUUUCUGAGAAUCUACUGAUUCGCAAAACGUUUUAUCCAGAGUGAGAAGGUAUGCCCUGAAAAAUUGAUGGAACAUGUUAUUUCUAUCAUAACGUGCAAUUUUCUGUGUAUCUGUGUACUUUAGCCUGAGGGACAUUUGGGCCAGCUAAAUUAAUAAGAGUUGCAUUGCCUGAUAGUUUCUUUAAUUAAGCCAUGAGAAAUUUAAAUUGGAUUUACUAUUGAAAAAUGUUUUUCAGAAAAAAGUAGAAAAAAUCUUGAGGCAGUCCAAUGUAUUAUCCCAGAACUUAUUUUUUUGUCUAUUCUACUGAUGCACUUUGUUAUUAAUAAACCCUAUACAUAGUCUUUUAUCAUUUCAUGUGGGAUAAGAAUACUUUGAUUCUUGUUUCGCAUCCAACACUUAUUUAUUUGGAUGCUUUAAGUUGCUAUGAAAUUUGGAAUAGUUCUCCUGAAAUGACUUCUAACAGUGUUGGAUUUAUUUACUUGAUAUCUCAUCUGAACCAGAAGGUGGACCCCAGAGCACAAAAUUCUUGAUGAGAAUUUUUUUAUUGGUUCAAGUUUCAGAAUGAAUGAGCUUGUUGGUAUUAUGUUGAGUUUAAUUUCUUGCGCUUGCUGAUGGAUGAAUUCUGAAACAACUUGACAUGCUUGUAAAGUAAAUCAAUACAAAAAACCAUGAGAGUUCUGUUAGGGAAAAACCCAUUAGAGUGGUUGGGCAGUUGAGAACUAAGACCAUGAGAAGAUAGACGCUAACCAAGAAAGUUAUGAAUCAUUAGUUAAACUAUAUGUUUUCAUUUAUGUCUUUGGCUAAGGAUUAGUUUGGGGAAAGGUCUAGCAGACUGCUGCAGUAGAUAUAACAAGUGAAUAGUGAUCACAUAGUUCUUGCUGUGAAUCUGGCUACCACCUCUAUCCUUGGACAGUAUUAGAGUUUAUUUUUGUUUUGAAAGAGGCCUGUUUGGCAGGCUCUACCCUAGGGAGCAAUAACUAUAUUUGAUGUCUAUCACCUCUACCUGAAUUCAAAGAACAGGCAAAGACUAAAUUUCAGGGAAGGGAUGGGAUUACUCAAGCUGCAUGAAUUUGUGCCUUAGAGGAGACGAUGAGAUGCAUCUGCAGAGAGACAAGGUAAUCUCAACUUUUAUUGAGUUAACUUUAGGAUCUUUAAAGGAAAAGGUUUUCUCAUGUUGUGUGCAUUUUCAGACCAGGAGGCUUAUGUGGACCACCCUUGCUUUAAGUUUUGGGGUUAGGUGUAUUUCACUUCUUGAAUUUCUUAUUAUUUCUCAACUAUUUUUGUUUAUUUCUUUUUAACACUCCCUUUUGGUGCUUCCCAGUAUACUUCCUGUGUAGAUGGAGUCCAUUCUAUUUAUUUUUAGCCUUCUCUGUGUCCUUCUUGGACUAGGAAGACACAUUGUCCUAGUGAUGAAUCCAUGCGUAGAUUAAUUUAGAUUUUGACUUGUGUUUUGUUGACUCUUUCCAUGAAGUUCAUUUUCAGAUAUUGGGAAAAAGGUCAUGAGUUCUUAUAGACCUCUCUUAUACAGUAUAACAUAUUUAUCUUGAUGCAAAACUUAUAAAUAUCUUUCUUUAAUUCUUCUAUGUCCUCUUUUGGCAAUUGGUUGUUAUCAUCGGCGCUGCCUUGAUUGACUAAAACUCAUGUCUCCCUGGUUAAUUGAUGCCUGUGGAUGGUCACAGUGAUAGACUUGUUCUGGAUCCUUGGUGUAUCAAUCACUGUAGCUAUGGCAAUAACCUGUGAAUGUCAGCAUUCUCUUAGCAAGGUAUGAGGUAAAUGUUAAAAAUUCGUGUAAGCGUAUGUGGACUCCUUUGUGUUGAACUGAAGAGAUGCAUUUCCAAUAUGAACAACAUAGAUUGCAGGGGCAUAUCAACUUCACAACUCAAUCUUUUGAAAGAGGUGCUUGAUUGCAACCUAGAAUGAUUAUAUGACCUCUCAACUUUCUUUCCACCGAUAAAUUGAUCAAAGUGAAGUGGUACAAACCAUAAUCUUCUAUUGCUUUGUUUGUUAAUAAUUUUUUUUUUUUUAAAAAAAAGUUGCAAUGUA